AUGUCCCGGUCAAGCCAACAAAUAAAAACAUCAAGCGAGCAACGAGAUCACUCUGAUUACCUCACGAAACUUGUCUCCCCGACGCUCGACAAUGUCCUCUACACCGUGCGCAAACGAUACAAUAACGGGGAUUUCUUCACGAAGAUCGGGGAGAAUGCGCUGUUGGUUGUUGGCGGGUCGGGGUUGUUGCAGGAGUCAUCGGCAGAAGUAGCAGCCGACUACGCCAAAUGGAUCAUCGACACCACGCCCGACAAGCAAGAGCUCCCGCCACACGUCUUCGACAUGGCCGCAUCAUGCUUCUACCACAUGGCGCGCGAUUUCCGCAACCAGUCCGUCAUCUUCCUCGGCGGCGCGGCAUCGGAGAAGGCCGAGAUUCGGAAACUGUUCACGUGGCAGCUGUUGAUGCUGUCGACGAAUACUGAGGAUACGGAGGAUCAGAAGAUUCUGUUGGCGGCUACUAUGAUGGAUCCGGUUUUUGAGGCUUUUACUUGCGCACGAACACUUAGAAGCCGCUGCGCCUCCCUCGUCUGCAAAUACGUCGAGUACCAGUACGACCAUUCCUGGAAGCUCGUCGGCGUCGGCACCAUCGCCUACCAAGUCGACAAAUCCCGCUUCACAGCCGGCUCGACCCCUGGCGAAGAAAACUUCCCCGUCUUCUAUUACCUCCUCGCCGGCGCCUCCCCCGAGGAGAAAGUGCGCUGGAAGCUGCAUGAUGCGGCUCAGUUCAAAUACUUGCAGGGGUCGCCGUUCUUCCAUACUGCAAGUGAUGAUAUGAAGGUUUUUAGGGAGUUGCAGAAGGCGUUGAAGAGGCUGCGGAUUGGGUUUCAGUUACAGAAGCAGAUGUGUCAGCUGCUGGCUGCUAUUCUUCAUCUGGGAAACAUCCAAUUCGCCGACGACGAAACGCGCCCCCAAGACCCGUGCCACAUCGUCAACGGCGACGUCCUCUACAUGGUCGCCAAUCUCCUCGGCGUUGACCAACAGACUCUCGGCGAAGCCCUCGUCUAUAAAUCCCAAGUCAUCGGCCACGAACGCAUGUCCCUCUUCCUCACCGCCCAAAUGGCCAGCGCGCAACGCAACUUUCUCGCCGCAACGCUGUACUCCGAGCUUGUCAACUGGCUCGUCCGCCGUAUCAACGCGUGUCUGUGUAAAAGCUAUAACGACCAGGUUGCCGCGAGUAUCCGCGUGUUUGAGACGCCGAGUUUCAGACACGACGCUGGGAACGAGAUGGACCGGUUCUUGUAUAAUAUGGUCAAUGAGCGGUUGCACCAUUUCAUGCUGGACUGGCUGGGUAAUCGGUGUGAGGAGUAUGGGCAUGAAGGUGUGUUGUCGUUUGCGGUGGAUAGCCAUGAGGAGGCGUCGGCGGCGACCAAGCACCUGCUUUCACGGGAUAUGGGACUUCUCAGGACCGUCGACGAUGAGAGUCUCCAGCGCUAUCUUUACGGUUCGGCGGAUUCGCGCGAACCGAGUCUCCCGGCUGGCAUCCUCGACACCUACGACCUCGUCCUCCCCGUCGCUGUCGACGAAACCCGCCGCAGCAACCGCGCCUUCCAAGUCAACCACUACAACACGCCCGCAAUCUACGACUACGAGGCCCUCGCCGCGCUCAACACCGAAAGCCUGUCCUCAACAAUCACCUCCAUCUUCGGGGGCCGUCGCUCCAACGCCUGCGCGAACGGGUUCGUCCGCAACCUCUUCUUCCAGGACGACACGGAGGACGAACGCGACGCCGCGACAGCCAUCUCCACGUUCGCCAACCUCACCGACCAAGUCAUGACAGCCGUCGCCGACGCAUCCCCCUGGUUUGUCGUCUGCGCCGAUCCCGGCGAGUCACCGCUGAGCGAGAAAAUCGACGCGGCGGUGCUCAAGACCGAUCUGGCGCACAACCAUAUCGCCACGCAGGUGCAGAUGCGGGUUGCGGCGGACUAUGCGGCGGAUUACACGCACGAGGAGUUCAUCGCUAGGUUCCAUACCCUGCUGAUGGGAUCCGCGGCGUUCCAUGUGGAGGAUGAAAUGGAUUUCGCGAGCAUUUGCGAGAAUUUUGCGGCGGAGAUGGACUGGAAUGAGGAGCAUAUGGCCCUCGGGUUGACCAAAGUUUUCCUGUCGGAGAAGGCGUGGCGGAGCCUGCACGACCGUUUACGAGUGAUUGAAGAAGAGGAGAACGACGCGUACUGGAAAGCGCAGCCGUCGCAGUUCGCCACCACGCUCGCCAGACCGAUCGGCGACGGCACCUUAAGCGAAAGCGAGGCCGAUUUCGAGAGCCCUGAGGAUGUCGAGUUGCUCAACGUCGCUGAAGCGGCGCAGAAAGCGAAAUAUAUCCUUGAGGAACCGGAGCCGAAGAAACCGUUGUCGGCGACACGGAAGCGAUGGCUGUGCUGUACGUGGUCGCUUACGUGGUGCUUCCUCCCUUUCUGUCUCAGCAUAUGUGGAAGGAUGAAGCAGAAGGAUAUCCAGAUGGCGUGGCGGGAGAAGCUGGCCCUGUGUCUGAUCAUCUUCCUGAUGUGUGCGGUAUUGCUGCUGUUCAUCAUCGGCCUGCCGCUUGUUCUAUGCCCGAAACAGAACCUCCUAUCCCUCGAUGAGAUAAGAGUCAAGACCACCGAGGGCGAUCCGUACGUCUACGGAUACGGCAAAGCGUACCAAGUCAGCUCGCUCAUGAAACGCCACGAGAACUUUGGCGCGGACAUGGGCAAAGUCCGCUCCGCCCUCGGUAAAGACAUCUCCGGCCUCUUCUACCGCGUUGACCACUUCGACCAGCUCUGUCCCGGGGUCGCCCAGAAGCCUUCGCCCGGGUGGGACAACCUUGCCCACCGCCCGAUCGACUACCUCCUCCAGCACCGCCAGCCCAACAGCCCGUACAUCAGCGUCAUGCAAUCCGCCGCCAAAUUCGACGUGGGGUACCACACCGAAUACAUCCGCGCCCAGCCGCUGGUGAACAAGACCUGGGUCGUGCUCUACGAUAAAGUGUACGACGUGACUACCUAUAAGGCCUCCGGAUUCUUCGCCAACCCCGCCGUAGACCGUCUGUUCGAGGCCAGCCAAGGCGGCGACAUCACCUCCUCCUGGAUCGCGACCGUGGUCCGCCCCGACCCCCGAUCCGCCCGCGCAAUCGAAAGCUGCAUGAACAACCUCUUCUACGUCGGCAUCGUGGACCACCGGCUCGACGUGGGCUGCCAGUUUUCAAACUAUGUGCUGCUGGCAUCCUCAAUGGUGAUCAUCGGCAUUAUUGGGAUCAAGUUUUUGGUCGCGAUGCAGUUUUCGGCUCCGCCCAAGUUGAGGAGGGAGGAGCUGAAUCGGUUUGUGAUUUGUCAGAUGCCGUGUUAUACGGAGGGCGAGGCGAGUUUGAGGAAGAGUUUGGAGAGUUUGGCUUGUAUGGAUUAUGAUGAUCCGCGGAAGUUAUUGUUCGUUAUCUGCGACGGCAUGAUCGUCGGCAGCGGCAACAAUCGCCCGACGCCGCGCAUCGUCCUCGACAUCCUCGAACACGACCCCAAAGACGACCCGGAACCCUGCGCCUUCCAAUCCGUCGGCGAGGGCGACCAGCAGCUCAACCGCGCCAAAGUCUACUCCGGCCUCUACCGAGUCAAAAAGGGCACGCAAGAGCACAGCGUCCCCUACAUCGUCGUCGCCAAGAUUGGCAAAGAAACCGAGGUCGCGCGACCGGGUAAUCGCGGCAAACGGGACUCGCAAUUGCUUCUUCUAAAAUUCCUCUCCCGCGUGCACUUCAACGCGGAGCUGGAACCCCUGGAAUUGGAGCUGUACCGCACGAUGACGGAGGUGAUUGGGUUCCACCCGUCGCAGUACGAUCUGCUGUUUAUGCUGGAUGCGGAUACGGAGUGUAUGCCGGACUCGUUGGCGCAGUUUGUGAAUUGUAUGGCGAAUGACCAGUCGAUUGUGGGGAUUUGUGGGGAGACGGUGUUGGCCAAUACGUCCGACAGCUGGAUUACGAGGAUUCAGGUCUACGAGUAUUUCAUCUCCCACCAUCUCACCAAAGCCUUCGAAGCCAUCUUUGGCGCGGUUACCUGUCUCCCCGGAUGUUUCUGCAUGUACCGAAUCAAGUCGCAGAAAAACACCCCGAUCUUGAUCGCGCCGGAGAUUGUGGAUGAGUUUUCGCAAAAUGAUGUUGAUACGCUGCACUUGAAGAAUCUGUUUCAUCUUGGCGAGGAUCGAUUCCUGACCACCCUGGUUCUCAAAUACUUCUCCCACAUGAAAUGCACCUUCACCGCGCACGCCAAAUGCAAGACCAGCGCCCCCGACAAAUGGCGCGUUCUAGCCUCCCAACGUCGCCGCUGGAUCAACUCCACCGUCCACAACCUCUUCGAGCUCAUCAACAUUCGGCAAUGCGGGUUCCUCUGCUGCUCCAUGAAAUUCGUCAUCUUCCUCGACCUCCUCUCGACCGUCCUCCAGCCAGCCGUGCUGUUCUACCUAGGGUAUCUGAUCUACACCAUCGUGUCGCAAGUCAACCCGAUCCCCAUCAUCUCGAUCGCGAUGAUUGCCGCCAUUUACGGCCUGCAAGUCCUGGUAUUCAUCCUUAAACGCGAGUUCAAGCAGAUUAUAUGGAUGUUGCUGUAUAUCCUCGGCAUCCCGCUGUUUUCGUUCUUGUUGCCCGUGUAUGCGUUCUGGCACUUUGAUGAUUUCUCGUGGGGGAACACGAGGGUCGUUUAUGGUGAGAACGGGAAGAAGACGACGAUGGCGGUUGAGUCGCGCAAGUUUGACCCGACGACGGUGCCGAAGAGGAAGUGGGCAGAGCAUUUGAAACAGAGGCAGAUGGAGGUGGGGUUCGGGAAGGGGUUCGGCAGCGACACCAAGGAGGGCAUGAGCAAGCGAAUUUCGGCGAGCCGUGGGAAGGGCUAUACCAUCGUCGGUGUCGGCACACGCGCUGUCGUCGUCCCCGGCAUCACCCGCACAGCCAGUUCGAAGCUUUCCGAGUACCAAUCCCGCGGCCGACCCGCCUCCCCCCUGGCCGCGCCCUUCCGCCCCAGCAGCGCCAGUCCCAUCGCGUUCGAGUACACGAACCGAUUCUCCACCUCGGGCGGCAACCACAGCGCGUCCAACGUCCCCUACUGGCCGACAUUGGAGACCCACCCGCGCGCUCACUCGGCCGCCUCGACGUCCGCGGAGGAUCUGAACCAGUAUAGGGAGCAGAUGGAGCUGGAGGCCUCGAUCGAGAAAGCGAAGCGACAUGGAAGGGAUCUGCACGGUGCGCGGUCGUCUCACACCCUUGCGGCGGAGAAUGCCCACGGUGCGAAUCAGCAGUACAUGUCGCCCACGUCCCCGCCGGAUCUGUCCCGUGGCGAGUUGAACCAUCUUGCGCGCGAGCGGAGGAACAUGAAUAUGAAUAUGAAUAUGAGAGGAAAUGGGUCGGAUGUGAGCUUACCUUCACAAGGCCACGGAGUCAGCCUGGGGAGGUAUAACAGCAGCGACACGCUUGCUGGCGGGCAGGACGCGCAUCCGAACGGUUCUGCAGGGAGAACGGACCACCGUCAGGCCGUCGUCCGCCCGCCAUACUUUGAUCGCAAGGACUCGCAGCAAACGUUGGUGGAGCAGUACGAGCCCCAGGAAUCGGACCAUCAUUCUGCUUUCAGUGGGGCGGUUUCACCGCCUUCUUUGAGGGGGAAGCUUGUGCAGCCGUACUCGAACGCGCCGAGAGAGGUAUAUUCACCUGCGCAUGCUGAAGAACGGAGUAGGUCCCAAACGAGUUUGAAUAACCCGCCAACGGGGAUGAGAGAUGUUGAGUACGGCAGUCACGGAGGAGGAGCCGGGCAGAGAGAUUGGGACGCGCCGCCUGGCCCACCGGCGGCGAACGGAAUGGACACGCUCACAGAGUAUCUCGCCGACAGCGAAAUCUACUACGAUCGCCAGCCCGCCGCCGCAUACCGCGCCAUCUCCCCCGGCCAGCACAGCACGAAUGCAAACUCGAACACAAAUGCUCACACCCCCACAUCCUUCGCGAUGCCCCGCCUGGCCGAACGCCGCGCCUCCCAGCUCAACCUCGCAGCCCACACACGACCGAGAGGCACCCCAAUCCCCCUGCAACGCCGCGCCUCCGAAUUGAGCAUCGCAACCACCAACGUGCAGUUCCCCAUGCCACACCCCGUCGAGCGCCGCGCGUCCGAACUCAGUAUCGGCGGACUUGUGCGUCGCAGGGAUCUGUUUGCCUCUAUCCCGACGAACGCGGCCACGAAUGACUUUGAGAUGGACGCCAUGCCCCACUCAAAUUCUGAAUCGGCGGGACAGAGUUUCUUCCCGACCGAUCAGAUGAUUGUCGCGGAAGUGCGCCGCAUUGUCGAUUCGUCGGACUUGAUGGUGAUUUCGAAGAAGAGCGUCAGGGAUGUGCUGUCGCAGACUUUUGAUUGCGACUUGGAGAGCAAGAGGCAGCUGAUUAGUGAUACCAUUGAUGAGGUGUUGGAAUCUUAUGCUAGGAAUCAGGCGUAG